AUGGAGCAACUUAAAGACGAGCUGGUGCAGCCGACCAAACGGAGGAGAAUCAAACAGGCAUGUGAUUACUGCCGAUCUAAGAAGGCCAAAUGCGAUGGCAUUUCACCAACAUGCACCAACUGCACCGCAAAUGGUGAAACUUGCUCAUACACAUAUUCGUCGAAAAGGCGAGGGCUACCCACAGGAUACACACAUGAUUUGGAAAAGAAGGUUGCGAUUCUUCAAGCAGUUCUUGCGAGUGCUAUUCAAAAUCAACCAUCAUUGGAAGCUGCAAUCUGGGACAGUUUAAAAAGCCAGCAAGAUUUUGUUGCUAACUUGCGACAAUUGAAUGAGUUUUGGAGCAAUCAUGCAAUAACCAAAUACAUUGAUACGAUUCUGCAUCAAGAAUUUCCGGCGCUCAAAAGCUUUAAAAGUGUAGCAUUGCUCAAAACUGACACUUCUAAUGGUGCCAAUGAAGAUAAUCUAGGUGGUAAAUUCCCACUGCCACCAAACAGUAGUUCGAGCUCAAAUUUAGUUCAUGGUGGUGUGAAGCAUGAACAAACUCCACGUACUAUCUCAGAUUUGAAUCAAUCUACUUACCCAGCUCAAAUUCCUUCUCAUGCACAAGCGCAGGUACAGUCAACACCACCAUUUUCAAAUAGUCUACCGACAUCAUCAGGAAUAUAUGAAACCAACAACUUUGUCAAUGAUCCAUCCUUCUUUUUGAACUACGAUAUAUUCCAAUUCAUUUCCGACGAGAUUGAAUCCUCUGGAGGGGCCGAAAAUUGGGAGCCUGUUGCGCUACAAUACCAUGGAUUGUCAUCGAUUAUAUCUGGGUUUACAAACAAGGCCAUUCAACAAAAUUAUAAAAAGAAACCAAAUAGGAAAAACCCAUUUAGGGUGGGCUCCAUUUUCAAUGUUUCGUCGUUUGCAAUCAGUGCCAAUCUUCAAGAUAAAAUACAACUACCGCAAGAGAUUUUUCAAUUUCCACCAAAUGUCCGUAUGCUCGUUGAUCAUUAUUUCCAGAUUUUCCAUAUCUUGAUUCCAAUGUUGGAUAAAAUUAACGUCAAAAGGCAGCUACAUCACCUACAAGUGCCCAAUGGAAAUUUAAGGCAAGUUGACUGUAACUUAGUCGCCUUGGUAUGGGCAGUUGUUGCUCUUGGUGAAACGAGUUCAAAUGUAAGCGGUGACUUGUCAACUGGGUUAACCUACGCCAAAAAUGCUAUUCUAGCUUUGGAAAAUUCAUUGACGUCCACUAUUGAGACCAUGCAGGCAAUGUUAAUUUUAGGCUUGUUCUACUACCAAGCUGGACAAUGGGACUAUUCGUGGGUGUUGAUAAGCUCUAGUUCAAGAAUGGCCAUUGAUGUUCGGUUGAUGAGAUCGGCUACUGAUGAGGAAAGUGGCAAAUAUCGAACAAGCAGUACUUUGAACAAUAUAAGCCGGCAAAGAACAUGGGCCACAGUCUACGUGGUGAAUACCAUAUUAUCGGCAAGAAUGGGGCGGUCGCCGGUGGUCAGAGCGGCUGAUUGGCCUAUUCCACAAAUUGACACCGACGGUUGGGAAGAGUGGGAUCCCUGGGAGUAUUAUCAUUCUUCUGAAUCCAUUAGACUCGACCACGGACGGUUUUUGUCGACAUUUAAUCAAUUUGUCAAGAUUGUAUCUAUUUUAAAUCUUGCCAUUACAUCUACAAUCAACACGUCUACAGGUAUUAUUGAUGAUGGUGUUGUAGGAGGCAAAAUCAACUACGACGAUAGAAAGAAUCCAGGCAGUAUGACUAUGAGCAAUUUUGAAACUAAGAUCAACGAUUUUGUUCGAAACUUGCCUGAAUACUGUCGUUUGAAAGAAUGCGCUAACCCGCCACCUAUAAUUGCUAUUGAAGGGUUCAAGCAGUUGGUUUGGUGUGUGUUGGUUGUGAGAUUGAGCUCGCUAAAGGGCAACACAGAUACACAUGAGAUGUUGAUACGAGCAAGAAACAAACAGUACACUAAAGCGGUUCUGAUAUUGCGUAAAGUAUACAGACCCGAAGUAGUUAAAAUAAUCAAAAUGUAUCCAUUUGUUGAUUAUUUCCUAACAAUGGCAUUAAACUUUCCACAAAUGAUGGACUUUUCAACUGAACAUGAAAAAGUAUUGCAUUGCCGUGAGAUUAGAAGCUUAUUACUCCACAAUGCUGCAACGUCGCCGCCAAUGAGAAUAUCUGUUGAAAUUUCCCUGCAAAUGAAUAUAGAUCAAUUGCAGUUUGACACACCAAAAGCUCAAGAAAGUCCGACUAUUGCGAACUUGUUGAAUUCUCCAACUUAUGAGCCACGCAAAAGCUCAAUAGUAGGACCGCAAUCACCCCCGAUAAAGGAGGAACAAGUCGCAAAUGAUGGACAGGAACGAGAAAUGGAUGAUGAAGAAGUUGAAAACCAAGCGCGUGCAUUAUUAACAGGUGUCAAUGCUUUAAGCCCACCAGGUGAUAACGGAUAUGGCGACAAAUUAAACUCAAAACCAUCUUCUCAGUUUGUGGGGGAGAACGAGAACCAUCAGGCAAGUAACAAUGGCCACCAUAUUCAAGCAAUGCAGCAAACUCAAGCAAUGCAGCCAAUGCAGCCAAUGCAGCCAAUAGGCGCGAUACAUCCUCAACCGAUACUUCCUAUGCCUCCAUUGCAGCCUAUGCAACCAAUGUCUCCAGAUCAGUCGACACAUCCAAUUCAGACUUCACAAUCACAUCACGCCCAUAAUUAUCCAGUACCGCAAAGGAAUUUUCAGUUUUAUCAAAAUCAAAAUUGGGUUGAACCGGAGAACCGCAACAUGCAACGUUAA